AUGGCGUCAGUAAUCCACGACCAGUUCAAAGCCACGCUCCAGGCGGCGAUGCAGCAGAAAAGCGGCGACUACAAGAACGUCUACCCGAUUACUGUCAGAUGGGUGAAGGAUGACACGGAUGCCGGUAGAGGUGCCGAGCACUUUCGGAAAAUGCUCAAAGACCUUGAUGUUGGACGAGCCGAUGAGCUUAUUAUUUGCGCUGAUGACCCUGCACCCAGGUUCACGUUUGAAAAAGCCUGGGUCAAGUUCCUCGGAAACGCCAUAGCUGAAACUGAACGCAACUUGGUGAUCUUUCAUUAUGCGGGUCACGGAAUGACAAAGACUGGAAGCUUUGUUUGUGCAGACACAAGAGCGGCCAAGAAGACCAUCAAUGCGAACCGCUACCUCCUACGAGGCGUCAAAGACCCUCACGCUCACACCGCCACUCGCGCGCCAGCCAUCCCACGCCGAGUGGUCGAAGUGCUCGCGGCGACAAGCAUAACAACACCUCUUGCAAGAUCUGGACCCGAUAACACAUUCAAUGGAAAGCUUGCUGGUGAAGUUGCUCGGCGAAAGAGACAAGGCCACAAACAUGUCGAAUUUGCCGAUGUCUUUCAGAGCCUCAGAAGCCGUGCGGAUAAGGUGUAG